UGAAAUGUUACAUUCCGUGAGAGAAAAAAGUAUAUAAGGAGGACGAUGCACUGCUGGUAAAUUGUUUUCUCAUCAGCUUCAACUCAAUCACUCUUCACUCGCUUCAAUCACAAUCGCUACCAACACUCAACUACCUUAAUAAACACCAAACAACCUCAACCAUCAUCAUGCAGUUCUCUCUCGCCUGUCUCGCCGCCAUCCUGGCCACCAGCGUCUCCGCUGCUCCAGCUCCCGCCGUCAACAUGAUGGCCGCCAGCCCCCAAUGGACCAUCGAGAACAUGCAGCGAAGCUGCGCCAAGGACGACAGCUCCUGCACCUGGAACUUCAAGAUCGACACCCACAAGGGUGCUGCCACCGGCUGCAAGUACGUUGUCAAGGGCAGCAAGGCGUCUCAGCGCAACGGAGGACCGGUCAAGUGCGGUGACUUCACUAUCACCUCUGGCUGGAGCGGCCAAUUCGGCCCUGGAAACGGAUUCACUACUUUCUCUGUUGUUUCUUCUAAGCGACAGAUCGUCUGGCCUGCUUAUACCGACAAGCAGGUUUCGAGCGGAAAGGUUGUUAAGCCUGAUCAGUCAUAUACCCCUGCCAACCUUCCCAACUAAGCGAUGGAGAUCUUUGGCGCUAGUACAUAGAGCAUGGUUUAGAUGUGGAGAUUCAUGUUAUUAGUCGCAAUGUCUUGGAUGUUCAAUGUCAGUAUAGUCAUUAAUACAUGAUAUGCAAACA